CGAACCGGAAGUGUCUCUCGGUCUUUCCAGCUGGUUGUCAUUUCACUCGGCUCGGUCCUGAGGAGAAGGACUCAGCCGCGGCUGCGGGACCCGGGCACCGGGAGGCGGUGGCGCCGGCGGCGGCGGCGGCGGCGGCGGCGGCAGCGGCGACAGCAGAGGAGGAAGAGGAGGGAAAAGGAGAGAAGACGAGCCAGGCGGAGUCCGCAACAACGACCGCGGGGACUGCGGGACCGGGGUAAAGAGACGGUGGCGGAGGCGACGACGACGGCCCAGCAACCGUGAGGAGAAACAAAAGCCUUCUAAAUUGCAGUUUUUGAAAAAAAAAAUCUUGGGAAAAAAAGAGAGAGCAAAGGGGGGAGGCCCUUCUCUUUUAGGAUAACUACACUAGUGGGUUUUUCCUUUUUUCCUCUUUCUUUGCCCCCCUGCGGAGAAUCGAACUGAGAGAACUGAACAAACCGCCCCUGGGUCCCAUGAGGGAAAAAAACCCCGGAGCCGCAGAGAGGGGAAGAGGCCGAAACCGCAGGACCUUCCAGGUCGCCCCCUUGGUCCCCGCACCCCCGGGCCGCCGGCUCGUCCUCCUCGUCGAGUCUUGCUAAUCCUUCCUGAUCGCGACCCCCUCAGAGGGAGAAACGGGUGUUUCCAACCCAUUUCAUGGGGGAGAGGAAGCCGGGGGGAGCCCAGGAACAGCGACCGCAGCAAGAUCUGCACCCAGAGCCUCAGGAACAGCCCCAGAGGCCAAAACUGCACCCCGUGAAAGAGCAGAAACAGGACCAGGAGCAGAAGAAACCUCCCUGCGAUCAUCCUUCCAUUAGUCAAUGCUGAUUUCCUCUCCCGCAACCAGGAAUUCACCUCCCACCCCAGAUAAUCUAAUAUAAUCUAUAUAUAUAAAUAUAUAAUAUAUAAUGUUCUUAAAUUAUUCCUGAUUUUUUUUAACCAAGCUGCCAAGAAAAGAACGUAUUCUCCCCUUUAGCCCUAUUCUAAUUUUUAUGUGAGUGAAUCUAAACUGCUGAGGAAGACCAUAUGUGAUUGUUAAAUUAUAUAUAUAUAUUUUUACUCCGCGCAAUGCUUAUUCUUCUACAUCUAUAGAUGCUUGAGAAGCUGUGUUUUUGUCAUUCAUGUACAUUUUCCUUUGGAAAAAGAAAGCGCCUAUUUUACUAACCAAAGACUUGAUUUUUACCCUCUUCGUUUUUAUUCCCUCGUAGAAAUAAGCCCAGUUGGAUUCAUGUCAGUGUUUUAAGAGAUUUUGAUUUUUCAGUUUUCUUUUUUCUUUCAGAGACCAGAAUUCCAAAUCAGAACUAUUUAGGGUGAUAAGCUGCGAUCUUUGAGCUAGCUAUAAAUAAGACAUUUCAAACAAACAAAUUUUGGGUAGAGCAUACGAAGGCGUGAGACAUCAGGUUGUCAUUUUUUAUUGUAAGAUUCUGCUCCUAAAAAUAAUAAAUGGGGGAUUACGGGUUUGGAGUGCUAGUGCAAAGCAAUACUGGGAAUAAAUCUGCUUUUCCAGUCCGAUUCCAUCCGCACCUGCAGCCUCCACACCAUCACCAAAAUGCCACCCCCAGCCCUGCUGCUUUUAUAAAUAAUAACACAGCUGCCAAUGGCAGCAGCGCCGGGUCAGCUUGGCUCUUUCCUGCUCCCGCUACCCACAACAUUCAGGAUGAGAUCCUGGGGUCAGAAAAGGCAAAAAGUCAGCAACAGGAGCAGCAGGACCCUUUGGACAAGCAGCAGCUCUCCCCUAGUCCAGGUCAGGAAGCUGGAAUACUGCCUGAAACCGAGAAGGCAAAAUCUGAAGAAAAUCAAGGGGACAAUUCUUCAGAAAAUGGCAACGGGAAGGAGAAAAUCAGAAUCGAAUCGCCAGUGUUGACAGGGUUUGAUUAUCAGGAAGCCGCGGGGCUAGGUACUUCCACCCAACCCCUGACGUCCAGUGCGGCGUCCCUUACUGGCUUCAGUAACUGGUCAGCCGCGAUCGCGCCUUCCUCCUCUACAGUCAUCAACGAAGAUGCCAGUUUCUUUCACCAGGGAGGGGUCCCAGCUGCUUCAGCUAAUAACGGUGCUCUGUUGUUUCAAAAUUUUCCCCAUCACGUCAGCCCUGGCUUCGGAGGCAGCUUCUCCCCUCAGAUCGGGCCUCUCUCCCAGCACCACCCUCACCACCCUCACUUCCAGCAUCAUCACAGCCAGCAUCAGCAGCAAAGGAGGUCUCCUGCCAGCCCCCACCCGCCACCUUUCACACACAGAAAUGCUGCUUUUAACCAGCUGCCUCAUUUGGCGAAUAAUCUUAACAAACCCCCCUCUCCAUGGAGCAGCUACCAGAGCCCCUCUCCUACACCCUCUUCUUCCUGGAGCCCAGGAGGUGGUGGAUAUGGUGGCUGGGGAGGUUCCCAAGGCCGCGACCAUCGCAGAGGGCUGAAUGGAGGAAUAACGCCCCUGAACUCUAUCUCGCCUUUGAAGAAAAAUUUUGCAAGCAAUCACAUUCAGCUCCAGAAGUACGCUCGCCCCAGCUCUGCCUUUGCUCCGAAGUCCUGGAUGGAAGACAGCUUGAACAGGGCUGACAACAUUUUUCCUUUUCCGGAUCGUCCCAGGACGUUCGACAUGCACUCCCUGGAGAGUUCACUCAUUGACAUAAUGAGAGCUGAAAAUGAUUCCAUUAAAGGUCGUCUAAACUAUUCAUAUCCAGGAUCCGAUAGCUCUCUGCUUAUUAAUGGUCAGUCUUCGCUGUUCCCAAUGGAAGAUGGAUUCUUGGAUGAUGGCCGCGGGGAUCAGCCUCUUCACAGUGGCCUGGGCUCACCUCACUGCUUCACCCACCAGAAUGGAGAAAGAGUGGAACGAUACUCUCGCAAGGUGUUUGUGGGUGGACUGCCUCCUGACAUCGAUGAAGACGAGAUCACAGCUAGUUUUCGUCGCUUUGGCCCUUUAAUUGUGGAUUGGCCCCAUAAGGCAGAGAGCAAAUCCUAUUUUCCUCCUAAAGGCUAUGCAUUCCUGCUGUUUCAAGAUGAAAGCUCUGUUCAGGCUCUCAUUGAUGCUUGUAUUGAAGAAGAUGGAAAACUCUACCUGUGUGUAUCAAGCCCCACUAUCAAAGACAAGCCAGUACAGAUUCGGCCUUGGAAUCUCAGUGACAGUGACUUUGUGAUGGAUGGUUCGCAGCCUCUCGACCCACGAAAAACUAUAUUUGUUGGUGGUGUCCCUCGACCAUUACGAGCUGUGGAACUUGCCAUGAUAAUGGAUCGGCUGUAUGGAGGUGUGUGCUACGCUGGGAUUGAUACCGAUCCUGAGCUGAAAUACCCGAAAGGAGCCGGGCGAGUCGCGUUCUCUAAUCAACAGAGUUACAUAGCUGCUAUCAGUGCCCGCUUUGUUCAGCUGCAGCAUGGAGAGAUAGAUAAACGGGUGGAAGUUAAGCCAUAUGUCUUGGAUGACCAGCUGUGUGAUGAAUGCCAGGGGGCCCGUUGCGGGGGGAAGUUUGCUCCGUUUUUCUGCGCUAACGUUACCUGUCUGCAGUAUUACUGUGAAUAUUGCUGGGCUGCUAUUCACUCGCGUGCUGGCAGGGAGUUCCACAAGCCCCUGGUGAAGGAGGGCGGCGACCGCCCUCGGCAUAUUUCAUUCCGCUGGAACUAAAGGAGAACUGCAGUGCUCAUUUUCAGGCCUCAGAAUAAGUGCACUCUUCUGUUAAUGCUGGCCCCUCCUCAGCCUCCUCCCGCUGGCAUGCCCUUUCGCAGCAGUCUGUAACUUAACAAUAGUGUAAUGAAAAGAAUGGCCUACGAGAGAGGGGUUUUGUAGAUUCUGUGUCCCGGAAAACAAUGUGGAUGAACUCCUUUUUCGUAUCGCCAUCAUGUUGCCUGGAAGUUUUAUUCUCUUGUUUUGCUGGAGAACAAGAGGAUCCAAACUUCCUGCAACGUUUUCCUAGAGGAGAGAGAGAAAUAUGAAGAGAGAAAUGAAACGAUAGAGUAUUUUGGGUUUUUAAUUAAAUUAUUGUUAAUAAUAUAUAAGAAUACUUUUAUUAAAAUAACCAUGCAACAAUAACACUAUCAGUCUGUCCUGACACAGUCUGUCCCCCAGGGAAACGCUUCUGCCUUUCUCUUUCUUUUCUUUCAUCUUCGUUGCCUCUGUUUCCAUCCCCUUUAUAUUCUUUUAACAGCAGUGGAGGAAGUUAACAAUCAUUAACAGGAAAGAGCAAGUGAAAGCAAACGCAAAGGCAUGAGCAAGAUUGAAGCAGCAUGAUCACUAACUUGGGGGGUUUAGAGGCUGAAUAUCAUUUCAUUCUGCCUCAGAGUUACUUCCACAUCAGAAACAAAAUAGUCAAGCAGGCAGAGCUAGGUUUCUUUUCUUUUAAACACUCUUUAAAAUUUAGAAUGUAAACAUCGGGGAAACUUACUACUGAGGGGAGUGCACUUAUUUCUUUUUAAACUUACUUAUCUGGCCACAGCCCCAGGAAACCUACCAAAGCUAGAAUUCACGACAGCUGGUGGGAAAACUAGCAUUUCCUCUCCUGAGAUCAAAUGUAUAAAUUUUAUUUUUGAUGUUCUAUGUAAACUCUAUAUCCUAAUUUACAAACACUCAUCAGGUGUCAGCCUUUGCUCUCCAUUUUGACGCUAAAAAAUACAAACGUACCAGAUCUAGAGAUACCUCAAGGAUGUCAUUUUUGAUUGUGUUAUAUAGUACACUUGUAGCCAAAACUGGAAGACAAAAUCAAUACACAAAUUGGCUGCUGAUUGGCUGCUGAUUGGCUUCCUUUUAGAUUUAAAGUUACUUUGGGUAUCCUGUAAUUUAGUUGUAACAUAGAAAAUGGGGAAAAAAGUUUAAAAAAAGUUAAGUAGUUGCAAAGUGUUUUGCACUGUUGAACUAAGUAACUGUGUAAAUCUGUGCAAAGAUACGUAUGUUUAUCUUACUCUUCCUAUAAAAUAAUAACAUUACAGUUUCAGAACUUAGCAUGGGACAUAGUCAGUGUUUGAAGUGCCAACUUCAUCAAGUAAUGCAUGCUUUAUUAUAAAUAAAAUCUAGCUUUGAAAGGCGUUAUUAUGUGUUGAACAGUAUGCUUCAGGGGUAAAUUUAAAAUAGUCUCUUGAAGCCCUGGUCAUGGAAGUAACUUUUAUUUUAAUUGACUUUAUCUUAUUAAAUGCCCUAUUCACCAUUAAGAGGAUUAUUAUCAGUGUGCAAAACAUUGUUUAAAAAAAUCUAAUGGCAAUCUUGCUAGUUGUGCUACCUAACAGUACCAUCUCGGAUCCUUCAAAACCAAAGACUUGGCCCAGCACUGCGGUGGAACCAUCUGGCUGAUGCCCCCGACCGAUUCUCUUUAGGAAAAGCAGCCCUUUAUU